AUGAGAUUGAAGUGCAAGCAUGGAGCUAGAAAGGCAAGCUUCAUUGCCUUCGGCCUCAUCGCCUUAGCCGCGGUAUCAUGCACGGCAAGAGAGACCGACGCCAUUGUGACUUCCAGAGCGUACAAACAGGCUCUCUUCACUCUAGCCACUCUCACAGCACUUCCACCGUCGCAGUCGGAGGAGCCAUCACCAUACCAUGCACACAAUGGGAAUAGCUUUCAACUGUCGUCAUUCUUACCCAGCAUGCAGGGACAGGGCCCCUUUGCGAGUGCUAUGCGUAUAGCGGUCAAGCUGCUACAUCAGUCAUGGCUUCCACCGUCUCUCACGGGCUACAUCAAGGACGAGCUGUCAGGCGCGAAGAAGAAAGACCACGAACUGCAAGGCAAGGCUGUCAAAGUCAUCGACUUGCUGCAGCAUGCAGCGGAACUAGGCAAUGCAGACGCGUUGUAUACUCUGGGUCAGGUUUCUCUGUUUCCCCCGAAUUCCUACUUCCCCUCAGAUCCUGCAUUGGGCUACAGUUCAUUCUCAACACACGCACGAUUUACUGGCAACGCGUCGUCACAAGCCGUCCUUGCCUUCUUCCACGCAACUGGGUACCAUGGCGUGGUUCCAAUCGAUCAAGCGAAAGCCCAGCUAUAUCUCACAUUCGCCGCGCAUGGCGGACAUAAGGGUGCCCAAAUGGCGCUUGGGUACCGAUACUGGUCGGGAAUAGGCGUUGCGGAAGGCUGCAUGGAUGCACUGACUUGGUACGAGGAGGCUGCAGAACAAGCGAUGGCGAAGUUCUUGUCCGGUCCGCCUGGCGGGAGGACACUGCCCUUGGCUUCGCCUCGGCUAUCUGAUCUUGUAGGCGGCGUCUACGGUCCUGGUGCAAGUGUAGCGUCGACAGGUCUGAGCGCGGGUCGGCCAGUGAUCAAGACAGCGAGCGCGAGAGCGGCAGGAGAGACCUGGGAAGAUCUUCUCGAAUAUUACUUGUUCAAUGCUGACCGUGGGGAGCUCGACUUCGCGUACCGACUGGGAAAGAUAUUCUAUCAGGGUAGUGUCUAUGGCCUGCCCGGGGGCAUCGCAUCGGGCGGCGACGGCGCAAGUGCAGUUCCGCGCGACUACGCGCGGGCGCGGCACUACUUCCUGCACAUUGCUCGCCAAGUCUGGCCGCGCGACCCGCCGAACUCAGCACAAGUACAGGCGUCCACGAGGGACGAAACCACGCAGGCAGGCUACGCAGCGCUUGCUGCAGGUUACCUCGGACGCAUGUACUUGCGUGGAGAGGGCGUGAAACAGGACGCGGCGCUGGCGAAGAUGUGGUUCGAGCGCGGGGCGGAGUUCGGCGAGAAGGAGUGCCACAACGGUCUGGGCAUCAUCUGGCGGGACGGCCUAGUCGAGGGGCGCAAGGACAUGAAGAAGGCGCACAACCAUUUCAGUGCGGCUGCGACACAGGACUUGGCCGAGGCGCAGGUGAACCUGGGUAAAUACCACUACAGUCGGGGUGAAUACAAGUCUGCUGCCGUGCACUUCGAAGCCGCAGUCAGACAAGGCUCGCCCUUUGAGGCUUACUACUACUUGGCAGAAAUCCAGAGCAGACAGGCCAGGAAUCCGAUGGCUGUCCCAAGCAUCGCGGGCAGCUCAUGUGCGAUUGCCGUGUCGUUCUACAAGGUUGUCUCGGAACGAGGCGUGUGGGGUGAUGACUUACUCAAUGAUGCCGAGCUUGCGUGGAACAUGGGCACUGAGAGAGCCAGCGAAAUGGCCAUGUUGAGGUGGUGGAUUGCUGCCGAGCGCGGAUUCGAGGUCGCGCAGAAUAACCUGGCGUAUGUACUCGAUCAAGACAAGAGCAUCCUGCGCUUCACAAGAUUCGCGCCCAUCUCCCCUUCGAACGACACAGCACGCCUCGCGCUGACUCAGUGGACCCGUUCUGCGGCACAACGUAAUGUGGACGCCCUCGUCAAAGUAGGCGACUACUACUACCACGGGCUGGGUGUCCCGGAUGAACCAGAGGAGGUGCGCUGGGAAAAGGCGGCGGGCUACUAUCAAUCUGCGGCAGACACGCAAUUGAGUGCUUUGGCAAUGUGGAACCUUGGGUGGAUGUAUGAAAAUGGGAUUGGCGUCCCUCAGGAUUUCCACCUUGCAAAGCGUCAUUACGACUCGGCCUAUGAGACAAAUAGCGAGGCGUACCUCCCGGUGGCGCUAUCUUUGCUCAGGUUGCAUGCGCGGAGUAUCUGGCACACUCUCAUGGGCGGAUCGAACGGGCUGAGUCUAUUUGGUAAUGAUAUUGACGAGAGUGAUCUGUUGUACCAUGCCUCAUCCGAGGGACAUGAGAUCGAAGGCAGCAGCCCUGAUCACGAAGAGCGGCCAACUGCCGGUGAGCGAGUAGAAGAGAUCCACGAAUAUGACGAAGGCCCGUGGUACCUCGGCAAAGCGAAAGACGAAUUUAACAGGCGGAGAAGAGGACAAGGUACAGGUCGGACAGGUCGCGACGAAGAUGACCCCGUUCAGGCGAGUCUUGUCUGGGCGAGAGAAAGGAGGCAAGCCGAAAACGACCGUGACAAUGACCUAGGUCCUGAAGACUACUUCGAUGCCGUGACUCGUGGUAUCAACCGUGAGGAUGAGAAUGGAGACGACUUUAGCGAGACCAUGCUCUUGGUCGCGCUGUGCCUCUUGGUCUCCGUGCUGAUCUAUGUCCGUGGGCGAUGGAUGGAAAGGCUACGUCGCGAAGAACAACAGCAACCACCACCACAGCAAAAUCAGCAGCCAGUCGCCGGGCAGCCGCCUGCAAAUGCCGCGCCAGGUGUUCCUGGCAUGGACGACUGGGAAAGGGCAUUGCUCAACCGUUGA